UAAACCGCCACACAGCCCUGGAAACUGGACGGCGGGUUCAAGUUUGCUUUACAUGCAAUUAACUUCGAUCAAACAGUCUGUUAGGAAAUCAAACAGUAACGUUGACAUUUGUCUGGAAAUUGCCAUUUCAACUUAAAUUUCGCUCCCAUUACUUCGAAAGCACUCAAUUCCUGAAAUUGCAUUCGGAGGGGACGAAUUAUGGGUUUUGAUCAGCAGUAUCUAGACUUCACAUUGGUUCCUUUCGGCUUGCUUAUAUUGAGUACCUACCAUGCCUGGCUUCUUUACAGAAUUAUCAAACAUCCCACCACUACUGUGAUUGGCCUAAAUGCAUUGAACAGGGAAAUUUGGGUGGAUACCAUGAUGGCUGAUGGAAUUAAGAAUGGAGUGCUCGCAGUUCAGACACUGCGGAACAACAUAAUGGCCUCCACUCUGCUGGGAUCAACAGCCAUCACACUGAGCUCAUUGAUUGGCGUGCUGGUGAGCAGCACAAAUGGAUCUGGUGCAGCGAGUGCUCUUAUAUAUGGUGAUCAUAGCAGGAUUGGCUCUUCUAUAAAGUACUUCACCAUUCUCGUAUGUUUCCUGAUAGCAUUUGUGUGCAAUCUUCAGUCAAUACGUUACUACAGCCAUAAAGUGUUUACCGAUCUCAAGCCGUAUGAAGACCUCAAGCGGUCCGAGGAUCUCAAGCGGAGCGAAGAAACUGAAGCGACAGUUAUCAUUUUCCCAGUCUUCAUUUUGGACAACCGAUAAUCAGUUUAAUGUUUGAACCAGUAUUACUCCGUGAUGAGUUACCAACCGGUAAUCGGUAAAGUUGUAUCAACCGGUAAUACUCUGUGAUGAGUUACCAACCGGUAUUUUUGUGAUGAGUUACCAUCCACCGACACUUUGACGGUGAUUUGUGCCGUGUUAUCAAAUGUGUCUAGAUGCAAUGAACCUAGGAACUUGCAUUGUAAUCCUAUUGGACCGACAUGAAAUCAGAUUCCUUUUUAAGAACAUCAUGUCUAGGGUUUUAAGAGAGUAGCUGUUAGGGUUUUUGGUGGUUGAUGAGUUUUUGUAUGUGCGAUAUUAGAAGAGAAGAUCAAGUCUGUGUGCUAUAACAAAGUGUGGAUUUACUGAAGAUUGAAGUAAUGCUGAAAUGCAUUAGCAAUGAGCUAUCAUGGAUCUAACCAAGCAGACCGUGCUAUUUGCUAGAUCAUUCACUUGUUGAUUACUCACAUCUUCGACAAGUCUGAAACCCUUAACCGAGUAGGCCCAGAAAAGCCUUUGUAAAUCUUCUAACAAGGUGGUUCACAUAUGUGGAUCUGAAAUCCUCUCACAAG